ACUGCGUCCUCCGUUGCUAGGUUAUCCUCCCGGAAGGACCAAGCCCAUAACGACAUCUUUUAGCUUUUUAAAGACUUCCCCCCCAAAAAAAAAAAAUCUGUAAAAUAUAAUUGAUUUUAAUGUCUGAAAGUAUAUGUGACUAUAUUUUAUUGACAGAGACUCUACUGUGAGUGGUAGUUUCACCGGUGGGCGUUUUCUUCGCUGUCCAGCAUCACGACGACCGGAGCAGUAAAUAUAGCUCGUUAGCUAUUAAACAGCUAGCAUGGAGACAGCUGUUAGCCGUUAGCUGCUGCUAACGCUGCUGACGAUGACAAACUGUGUCUUUGUGAGUUUAGUCGCUAACGGUAGUGUGAUGAGAUUGCAUCAGUGACUGGGUGAUGUCCGCCCAACCUCUGCAGCAGUCGGGAGAGGAUCCAGCAGCCUGCUAACUGAGCCAGCCCGACUAGCUGCUGCUGAUGACUGGCUGUUUCCUGACAUUGAUUUGCAGUGGGAGGCACCAUGGCCGGUAAGGUGAAGUGGGUGACAGAUAUUGAGAAAUCAGUGCUCAUCAACAACUUUGAGAAAAGAGAAUGGAUUCAAGUUACUGAGAGCGAGGACUGGAAUUUCUACUGGAUGAGCAUCCAGACCAUCAGGAAUGUGUUCAGCGUGGAUACCGGUUACCGCCUGUCAGACGACCAGAUGGUUAAUCACUUCCCCAACCACUACGAGCUGACCAGAAAAGACCUAAUGAUCAAGAACAUCAAACGCUACCGCAAGGAGCUGGAGAAGGAAGGCAGUCCACUAGCAGAGAAGGAUGAGAAUGGAAAAUACAUUUAUCUGGAUUUUGUCCCGGUGACAUUCAUGCUCCCCGCUGAUUACAAUCUGUUUGUGGAGGAGUUUCGUAAGAAUCCGUCCAGCACCUGGAUCAUGAAGCCCUGUGGGAAGGCUCAGGGCAAAGGCAUAUUCCUCAUUAACAAACUGUCUCAGAUUAAAAAGUGGUCGAGAGACAGCCGCACCUCAACGUUUGUAGCAGCAUCUAGUGGUAAAGAAGCUUAUGUCAUCUCCCUUUACAUUGACAACCCUCUGCUGAUAGGAGGGAAGAAGUUUGACCUGCGUCUCUAUGUUCUGGUGACCACAUAUCGGCCUCUGAAAUGCUAUAUGUACAAACUGGGCUUCUGUCGGUUCUGCACGGUGAAGUACACACCCAGCACCAGUGAACUGGACAACAUGUUUGUUCACCUCACUAAUGUGGCCAUCCAGAAACACGGGGAUGACUACAACCAUGUCCACGGAGGCAAGUGGACCGUCAGUAACCUGCGUUUGUACCUGGAGAGCACCAGAGGAAAGGAGGUGACCAGUCGAUUGUUUGACCAGAUCCACUGGAUCGUAGUGCAGUCGCUGAAGGCCGUAGCUCCUGUGAUGAACAAUGACAAACACUGUUUUGAGUGUUACGGGUAUGACAUCAUUAUUGAUGACAAGCUGAAGCCAUGGCUUAUUGAGGUCAACGCCUCUCCCUCGCUGACCUCCAGCACAGCCAACGACCGCAUCCUCAAGUACAACCUCAUCAACGACACCCUCAACAUCGUCACGCCCAACGGGGACAUCCCAGACUGCCGCUGGAAUCGCAGCCCUCCCCGAGAGGCCCUGGGCAACUAUCAAGUCCUGUAUGACGAGGAGCAGGCGCAGAGCGAGAACGCUGAGCGCGACCUGCGGAGCCGCUCGGGUCAGUCGCUGGGGUCCAAGGGCACCAAAGGCAGUGCAGGCGUUCGCCCUGCCACUGCCACCUGGAAGUGAAGUGACACUGCUGACUCACAAAGACUUCCUGCACAUUUCCACAGGGACCACCUGUGCAGCACGGGGAAUGAAUAAAAAGGACCACCCAGACUUUUUUUAUUUAGCCCUUCGGACUGCGCCCUCUCUCUCCGCAUUUCACAGACUGUGGUACUGGGAACAAAAACACUACUGCUGGAAGAGAGAGAACUCAGUAAGAAAUUAUACUGGGGAGGACUGAAGGUCAAGUCGACUUGGUCUAACAUCACAUCCAUGGUCUCAAGAACAGCUGCACUUCCCAAAACAUACCAAACUCUUUACCCUGAGAACUCAAACAGAAGGAAAAAGUGGAUGAAUUCUGAGCAGGGGAAUUAAGAAGAAGAUGCUAUGCAUGAUUAAUGAUUACUGACACUUUAACUCGACCUGCCACAUAGGUGCUAAUAAGAAGAUUUGCUGUAUGGAAAUUUAGUGAUAAGAUGCUAUUAAGAAGGACAAUAAAUGUAACUAAUCCAGAUGGUUAAAGAUGUAAUUUACUAAGGGGCGAAUGAUGGUUGAUACGCAGAAUUAGCAGUACUAAGUGUGAAUAGACCCCAAAAUAGAAUUUAAUAAUGUUUUUUUACAUGUUCGUUAUCAGUAUGUAUAUGCAGGAGGGGGGGUUAUUAAUAUUGAUUGUAUUCAGUGCUGAACUUUAUUGCACUUUAUUUCUUUAUUUGUGCUCCGGUAUUGAAGAAAGAUGGGCGACAAAUUAAAGGAAAACAGUUACUGCAAAUCAGUACAAAGUUGUUCUGAGUGAUCACCUUUGUCCAGCGAUGAAACAUUUUUUUCCUGAUGGAAGCGGUUUCUUCCAGGAUGACAGUAUUCCCAUUCAUGGGCCAUGGUAUCUCUCUGAAUGGUUUAUGAGUAUGAAAAUGAUUGUAAUUAUCUGCUACGGCCUUCAUAGUCAGCAGAUCUCAACCCAGCUGAGCAUCUCUGGAAAAUACUGAAGCAAUGUGUUUAACAAUGCUCUCCACUACUAUCAUCAAUGCACCAAAUAAGGGAUUUUUGGGUGGAAAGUGGUCUUCAUCCCCCCAGCACAGUUCCAGAGACUUGAAGAAUCAAUGCCAAGGAGGACUGAGGAAUCCAAACACCACUUACUAUGACACUUCAUGUUGCUUUUUCCUUUAAUUUGUCACCUUUCUGCAUCUUUCUCAUGUUGCAUUUUCAGUUCGACCUGAUGUCACUUCUGCUGCACAUCUCAGAUCUUAAAAGGCGCUAUUAUGUGUUGGGAAUGUAUGCCUUCUUAGCUAUUUUCCUAUAUAUUUCCUCCAACUACGGGAACGCUGAUGAUGAGCGGACAUUCACCCUUUUAAUACACUGGAGCGGGGCUGAAUGAUAUUAGAAAAAGCACUGAUAAAUUCUUUUAGGCUGUGGGAUUUCAAUAUAAUGUUUCCAAAUUUCACCUGUGAGCUGUGGGUAAUAAUUUUUUCAUUAUCGGUCAAUCUUUUUUAUUACUUUCUCCCUCCUCUGUCUGGGAAAUGUCAAUAAAAAAGCACCAUGUCAUGACAUUUUAUGCUUUUUUCCUUUAAAAAUAUCCUUGCGCAAUGAAUUAGUUAUCUGUAAUUACAGCUUAACUUUCAGUCGGACUUGAUAAGUAGUGAGCUAAUCAUUGCAACUCUGCUUCUGUCAGGCCAUUUGGAAAUAACUUAUUUGCGAUGUUGAAGAUGAUUGUAGUUUCUUUCCAUUUCAGUCAGUGGGCUCACCUGUAAAUCAAGGCUGCAUAAUAUCAUUUAUUCAUUCUCACAACAGGGGCAUCCUCUACUGCAGGAUGAAAAAAUGGUAGCGGAAGAGGCCAGACGAUGCAUUUCUGUACCCAAAUUAUAUUUGAUCUAAUUGCUGAAACAAUAUCAUUCAGCUCUACUGUCUCAUAUGGAUCCAGCUUGGCAUUUUGUGAAAUUAAAUGCUGCUUUUACGGUACAUGUUUUGUUGAUUCUACUGAUUAUGUAACAGGAUUCUUUAUUUGCUUUCUUUAUAAAAUUUAAAUUUAUUCUA